AUGUCAUCUGAGUUAGACAACCGUCCUACACCACCAAAGACCUUCUUUGAUCCAACAAGUGGGUCCACAUCUGAUGAUUAUGCCAGAUCUAGCAAUGAAGAUAAUUCUUCCGAUGACGAGAGAGCAGUACCAAAGAAAUCUGAAUCAAGUGGAGAAGAGGAAGAAGAUGAAGAGGAGGAGGAAAGCAAUCAACAACAAAAAUCCAAGAAAUCUGAUUCAAGUGGAGAAGAGGAAGAAGAUGAAGAGGAGGAGGAAGGCAAUCAACAACAAAAAUCCAAGGAAUCUGAUUCAAGUGGAGAAGAGGAAGAAGACGGCAAUGAACUUCUUGAAACUGAUAAAUCACACCCUCAACAAAAUCAAGAAGACUUUGAUACUAAUUUAGAUGGUAUUCCAAUGGAUAUAUCGAAUGAAACUGAAGUAAUUGAUCAAGUAAAUGAAAGUCUUUUACCAGUGGAAAAAAUGAUCAAACAUAGUGAGGGUGGAGUUGAAUACUAUCCUUAUCCUUCAACUGAGCCUUCAGGACCUUCAACUGGAUGUGUUACAUCCACUAUGGCCGUGGAUGAUCAAACCACUCAGUCGACUGGAGUUUCACCAUCUGCCAAUCUUACCAUUCCUCCGUCUUCACACACUAUUUCAGCUGAUACUACACAGGUAUUGAAUAAUGUUAAUAACAUAACCGAAGCCAACAACAACCCCGAUCAUUCAAUUUCUCAUGCUCAGUUAUUGAAAUCAGUUAAUUCUCUGGAGUUAGAUAAUGAAAAAUCUCCUACUCCUGAAAUCCAACAAAGUGAUCAUUCUCAUCCAAGUGAAAAUCAAAAAACGGGGCAAGACUCAAUUUCUCAGACUGUAUUAUUAAAUUCAGAUAAUAGUACAGAAGUAGAAAAUCCAGUGUCUCAGUCCACUGAACCUCAAAAUACUCCAGCCAAAGAAACCUCUCAGUCUCUUCGAAAUAAUGUUGCUGAAUCUAUUUAUAAGUCUCCUCCAAACUCUAUUAAUGAAUCGAUUUCUCACCCUCUUCAAAUUAUUCCUGAAGAAUCGAAUUCUCAAGCUCAACCAUUCAAAUCAGGUGAUACUAAGGAAGUUGAUAAUCCAGCCUCUCAGACUAACAAAAUUCAAACAGCUCUCUUGGUCAAUACUAUGGAAGUACUACACACUGAUCAUGUGGAUAGCAUCCAAUUCGCCGAUGUUACCCGUUCACCCGUUUCUCAAGAGCACAAUCUAAUGCCUCGACCACGAGAAUCUAUGCAGAGAAUUUACCAAACUCAUCUCAAUACAUUUAAAUGGCAUGAUCACCAUCAACUUGGUUUCGAUGAAACUUAUCCGACUUCUCAUUUUACUAAAUUGUCUUCUACUGGAUUGAUUUAUAAUAUUGAUAGGGAAUCACUCAGUAUGAAGCUGUUAAUCCGGGUGGUAAACCUGCUGAAGUUAAAGUUUGAAAGAAGUAUAGGGGCAGUACAAGCUUGA